CGAGGCGCAUAUUUGAGGGGAGAAAAUUUUAGCGGAAAAACGAACUUACCGGCCACGGGGCUGCCUAGGGUGGUUCGCGUAGGACGCUGGGGUGCUUAGUGCAGUGGACCGACACUAAAACCGUACUUUUUCCGAGGUCCGCCGGGCUUCUCAGAGGAGGACCCCGUGGGUCACAGAAUGGCGCACCAAACCAAACCGGUUAACUUCGUCAUCCAGGAUACGACGAAACAAGGCCAGCAACAUAUUUUCCAUGUCCUGAACACGGCCACCGGCACCCGGACUACGCUGCCCGCCACCAAUGUUACGGCGGUAAAGACGAUCGUCACGAAGGACUUGAGCACUUGCGGCACCACUACCGCCAACCACGGCCAGGACACGAUGAACCUGAUGGGUGGAACGGUCGUCACAGGCGGUGGGCUCGCAGCCGUUACGGCGACAACCAGCACCAACGUCCCUACCGCUUCCACCGUUAUCGGUGGCCAGAGCUUUACAAUGCCGAUGAUGCGAAAGCUGCCCCCGGAAGUCGCCAAGAAGUUGAUCACCGUUCCCAAGCAUAAAUUGAUUCUUCCUCCAUCCACCCAGAAGACCGUCAAUGGUAAAACAGUGGUCCAUCUUUCGCCCAAACUGGUGAGUUAUAAGGUAAUUUCGGCGUCCUCCCCGCAGUCCGCUAGCCGCAACCUGACGUUUGCUGCCCCUGCAAACCUAACAAACCUGCAGGGCGCGGCUUCGACCAGUUCCUCGUCGAUGCACGGCAACAACGGAACCACGAUCGCUAUCCCAUCCACGUCGGCGGCGAUGUCACAAUCGUCCUUCGGGUACAGUACCGGAACACCGGUGAUGACGUCCGUCGGUGCUGGUAAUCGAGUGAUCAUCGGCGGCAGUUCCGGUGUUGGUGGUGACGCUGGGGACGAAGCUAAUGACAUUGCUAAGGCCCCACCACCGGCCAAAGUAGUGGGACCGAAGAAAGCCGUGUACCAGAAGACGGUUAGUGACCAACCUCUACCGCCGCAUCAGGUGCAGCAACAUUCGUACAGCAAAAAGGCUUUCCCGCGUCAAACGAUACAGACGCCUUCGCGGCGCCGAAAGACGGACAAGGCCGGCCGGGGCCUGCGCCACUUCUCGAUGAAAGUGUGCGAGAAGGUGCGGGCAAAGGGCACGACCACGUACAACGAGGUAGCGAACGAGCUGGUGGCAGAGGAGACGCAAAACAACAACAAUCCGGGUGCCGAUCCGGCCACGUACGAUCAGAAGAACAUUCGGCGGCGCGUGUACGAUGCGCUCAACGUGCUGAUGGCCAUGAAGAUCAUUUCGAAGGAGAAAAAGGAAAUCCGCUGGCACGGAUUGCCGACCAGCACCACCAUCACGGAGUACGACGAUCUGGAGAAGGAAAACGAGAAGGCUCGGCGGCGCAUCGAAGAGAAGCAGCAGCAGUUCCGCGAUCUGGUGCAGCAGCACGUCGCCCUCAAGUCGCUGAUCGCUCGGAACCAGGCGAACGAGGAGCGGGGCUUGGUGCCGAAUCCCGGCUCGGCCGUUCAGCUGCCAUUUAUCAUCGUAAACACCGACCUCAAGAACAACAUCAAUUGUAGCAUGUCUAACGAUAAAUCGGAGUAUUCGUUUAAAUUCGAAGACACUUUCGAGAUUCACGAUGAUCUGGAAAUUUUGAAACGCAUGGGUCUGUCACUAGGUUUGGAAAGCGGACAGUGCUCGGAGGCGGAUCUGAAAAAAAUCAAAUCCAUGGUUCCGAAAUCGGUCGAGAAGUACAUUGAAACAUACGGACUCGGGUUGGAUGGGGAGGACGGUGAGAACUGGGAGAUGAGCUCGAUCUACAACGGGCAGGACAACGAUGACAGUUUAUCUACCCACGACAUGCUCGGAUACCACGACAACACAAACGACAUGCUGGACGAUGACAUGAAAUACGAGGAUGACGAAGAUGAUUAA